AUGACUGAAGCAGCCACAUCAGUAACAAAAGUAGUAACGUCACCAACAGCAUCUUUUACACUUGCAGAACAUUUCUUUUCAAUAUCCCAUCAAUUAUUUCAUGAAUAUCGUAAAGCUAUUUUUAUACUCACUGGAACAGCAUGGUUAUAUAAUAAAUUAUGGGCGAAUCGAAACCUCUAUCAAAGUAUGCAAUUAAUGCAAGGUAAAACUGUUGUUAUUACAGGUGGAAAUACUGGGAUUGGUUAUGAAACCGCUAAAGAUCUGCUUUAUCGAGGAGCCCGAGUGAUUAUUGUUUGUCGUAAUAUGGAUAAAGGUCGACAAGCUAUUCGUCAAUUAUGUUCUGAAACUGAAUGUGAAGAAAAAAAUAUUCGAUUAAUGGAAUGUGAUUUAUGUUCACUUGAAUCCGUUCGUAAUUUUGCUAAUUUAUAUAAUAGUGAAGAAGAAAGACUUGAUGUAUUAAUAUGUA